AUGCGCUGGUGGCAGGUGCAAUCCAGAAGCUGAAGGAGGCCGGCGUCAAGGAAAGCAAUAUUGUCGUACAGUCUGUUCCAGGGAGCUUUGAGCUGCCUUUGGCGUGCUCUAGGAUGAUUGCGGGCUCUCAUAUUCAACUGGCCUACAAUGAUACCGAUCUCCUCGGUGGACUCAACUUUGGUACAUCUUCCCGGACGGGAACGCCCGCGCCAGUUGCCGCCGUUACCAUGCCCAACGAACCCUUCGAUGCCAUCAUUGCCAUUGGUGUAUUGAUCAAGGGCUCAACCAUGCAUUUCGAGUACAUCUGCGACAGCGUUUCGCAUGCGCUCAUGAAAAUCCAAGUGGAUACUGGCGUUCCGGUCAUCUUUGGCGUGUUGACCGCGUUGACGGAUGACCAGGCUCUUGAGCGGUCAGGCCUUGGGCGAGGAGCCAGCAAGGGCCAUAAUCAUGGCGAAGAUUGGGGACUGGCUGCUGUAGAAAUGGGUUCGCACUGCAGGAGAUGGGGCCAAGGCAAGUUUGCAUAAUCAGGAAAAUGGAAAGAAGGACUUGAAAGUUCGAACUUUGUAUAAUAUCAAUAUGUAUAGAGAACAACAAAGGACGAAACUGAAAUGUACUGUUGAC